CAAAAUAAACUUCCAGCUAUCGGGAGAGAAAAGAAAGGAUACGCGGCUGGCUCCCGAAAACUUUUCCUAGGACCAGUUAGGAGUUAAGCGCCAACAUUUUGUAUGUAUUUACAUGUUUAAUGAUUUAUCAGAUUACGCAUUGAUGGCACUACUUACGAAUGGAACCUGACAGGAACGCAUGCUGAUAUCGGUUCCACUGUCUGUGUCAACCGCCUUUGUUAGAUAGACGAGCUUUUAACUGUCUUCAUCACUUUAGUUGCAUUGCUGGAAUACAAAUGUUGGCUUUAUAAAGAUGAGAUGGUUCUUAUUUAGCUAUAUAGCUAUUCAGUUAGUUGUUUAUUCAGCCAAACCAACUUGUCAGUUAUAAUUUUACUUUUUCGUGUUUUAGUUUACUUAAGAGGCAUGCUUCUCGAAAUGUAUUGAAGGAACCUCCAACUCCAAACUCCAAACCUCUCGCAUAUUCCGAAAACGUCUUAUGCAAAGUGAUCUACGAGAUUACAUUGGUGGUUCACAUAAUUAGAAACGAUGGCUGGCGUGGUGCGCACCCUUAGCCGGUGUUUGCUCCCAGCCGAAGCCAGCCGUGAGAGAAGUAACAGCAAAGAGAGAACUCGGGACACUAGAGAUCCAAAUCAAGAACGAGAGGCAAAGAGACGCAGUCGAGAAAUUGAUGCUAUGCUCGCCCGUGAGAGACGGUCAAUCCGCCGGCUGGUGAAGAUUCUGCUCCUUGGAGCCGGGGAAAGUGGGAAAUCCACGUUCUUGAAGCAGAUGAGGAUUAUCCAUGGGAAGGAGUUCGACCAGAAAGCACUGCUGGAGUUCAGGGAUACUAUCUUUGAAAACAUCAUUAAGGGGAUGAGGGUGCUGGUGGACGCCCGUGACAAGCUGGGUGUGACCUGGCAGAACUCGGAGAAUGAGAAGCACGGCAUGUUCGUCAUGGCUUUUGAGAACAAGGCCGGGCUGCCCGUGGAGCCCUGCACCUUCCAGCUGUACGUGCCCGCUCUGCAGGCCUUGUGGGGGGACACGGGGAUACAGGAGGCCUACGGCCGCCGCAGCGAGUUCCAACUGAGUGAAUCAGUUAAGUACUUCCUGGACAACUUAGAUCGCAUUGGGGAACUGAGCUACGUCCCAAGCAGGCAGGAUAUCCUCCUGGCCAGGAAAGCGACUAAAGGUAUUGUGGAACAUGACUUUGUCAUCAAGAAGAUCCCCUUCAAGAUGGUGGACGUCGGGGGCCAGCGCUCACAGCGGCAGAAGUGGUUCCAGUGCUUCGACGGCAUCACCUCCAUCCUCUUCAUGGUCUCGUCCAGCGAAUAUGACCAGGUCCUGAUGGAGGACCGGCGCACCAACCGCCUGGUGGAGUCCAUGAAUAUCUUCGAGACCAUCGUAAACAACAAGCUCUUCUCCAACGUCUCCAUUAUCCUCUUCCUCAACAAGAUGGACCUGCUGGUGGAGAAGGUGGGUCAGGUGAGCAUCCGGAAGCACUUCCCGGACUUCCGAGGCGACCCACAUCGUGUGGAGGACGUGCAGGCCUACCUGGUGCAGUGCUUCAACCGCAAGCGGCGCAACCGCAGCAAGCCACUGUUCCAUCACUUCACCACCGCCAUCGACACGGAGAACAUCCGCUUCGUGUUCCAUGCCGUCAAGGACACCAUCCUGCAGGAGAAUCUCAAGGACAUCAUGCUGCAGUGAGAGCAAGCUUCCUUUAGCUGUUGGGCUCCGGCAGAUGGGCCUGUCUGACUGCACUGUAUGUCCUCAACAAACCCCCCACCACACACACACACACACACACACACACACACACACACACACACACACACACACACACACACACACACACACCUCUCCUCACAAACCAGAAGAUUGCUAUUUUGUCCUCCACUGAUAUUCUAGACGGAGACUAGAGCAAGUGUCCUACCAGACCUGUGGACACUCUAGUGUGAUCUCCAUUUACAGUGUUUGACUUCGAGUGAUUUUUAUUUUAGAUGAGUUGAGGAAAUGUUUAAAACACCAGAUUACCAAUGUCACUCCCUUACAGUAUGAGCGAUAUGUCACAACUUUCACAUUUAGGAUGGGUCAUUUUAUUAUCUUGCUGGAAAUUAUGUUGUCAAAUGUUUUUUGGACCAGGGUAACAUCUUCUCUUGCAGUUCAAUAUUCAGAGCAAAACACUGAGCUAUUAAUUGUAUAUAUGCAUGUGAAUGGAGGUUUAUGUAUGUAAUCUACGGUUGGCAACUGUGUGUGUGUGUGUGUGUGUGUGUGUAUGUGUGUGUGUGUGUGUGUGUGUGUGUAAAAGGAGGAACGUUGUCCUUUCCAUUGUACUGACUGAUUCAAUGUUGUUUUGAGGAUGAGACAAUGAAAUUACAAGGACAUUCACCAGGGACGUCCUGUGUUACCAACCAAUCAGAUUUGAGCAACAGUCUCCCUCUAAAAUUAAGGAUACUGCCAUGGUAAUUGUUGGAAAAUAUCCAGAGAUUUGCCUCAUAAUUGUGUUUUAGUUACUCAGAGAAAGGGAAGGUCAUUUUAUGUAAAAAAAAAAAAAAAGAUCAGAUUAUUUGCUGUUUGGUGCAAAUCAUAUUCAGAUUUGGGGAGUUACUGUACGGUAUGUAUAAAUUCACAGCUCCGGUAUGUUUUGCUAACGGAUGAAACUCGAGCAAUGCCCAAGGAAUUUGCACUGGCUCCCUUCCAGCAGUGUCAGUAUUACGGAAGGCAACAAAAAGCUGUUCCGAUAUCCUGUUGCACUGAACAUUCCAACUGAGCUGUUUUUGAAUCUUGAGACAUCGUUGAUAUUUUUCAUGUCAGCUGUACAUUUUUUUUUUUCUGAUUACAAAAGUGAGUGAUGAGUGAAUCACUUCAGUUGUUGCCUUUAACAGUGGUUUCCCGAAACAUCCUACAAAUUGGUGGAUUCCAGCAGCAUUAAUUAUGCCCUCACUUAUAUGUAAAUAAGCAAAAAAGGGGGUUUAAUGAAUGAGUUUCAAGUGUUUUCAUCUUUGAAUGACUGAUUGUUUUUGUGUGGAGGGAUAGCCAUGCAGUGACAACUCUUUGUUGAUACUGGCACAUCUGUUCUACAGAACAGACUGACGCAGCUGGUCAAUAUUGAUGGAAGAUGUUUGUAAAAAGUGUAUUAUCACUGAAAUGCCCCCAUCACCACUUCCAACAGAACCACUGUUGUGUCUCCCAACAGCUCCACUGCACUGUGUUCUUGUGCUGAUGUGUUUGAGGGGUCCCAGGGAGACGCUGGGCCUGUACCGCUCUCUGAAAAUUGAAUUGAAACUCCUCAAAUGCUUCUCUCCAUUUAUAGUGUAAUUGAACUUUCUCUAGGGGAUUCUUGGGGAAAAUGUCCUGGAAUUAGCCAAACAGUAUAAAUAGUCCAAAAUAUGCUCUCUCUCUCUCUCUCUCUGUCUGAACUGCACCGAUUUCUCAGGGUGAGUGUGAUUCUGAGGAAAGCAGGAAGCAGGAGACAACGCAGACAGGCAGAGCGUGCACCGCGAACGGCAACUCCCAGAGAUGCGCACAGAUGUGGGGGUCACCCCAUGUGGGCUCCAGGGCUCUGCCAUGCCUCUGUUUUAGUCAUUAGAAACAGUCUUGACUGAUUCAUACACUCCUUGGUCAGCAAGCGUCUACCUUAAAGUCAUCAGUUUGGUUUGGUUUCUGCUAGCUGUUUAUGUUUUAAGAGGAAAGUGCACAGUGGAUUCUACAAGUUAGACAUGGCACCAGUGUUGCAAGAUUUAAGGAUGUUAUGUUAGAUUAUUCUGGGUGGUCUCCUCUUGUGUCAGAGAAAUAUUCCAAAGCAGUGUGUAUUGGAUAUCAGCUCAGAUAAAAUGCUGUGCUCUGUCUCUCUCACUAUCAGUUAGCUAGCAUCAGGCCAACGUCUCUACACCCCUCCCUCAAAUGCACCAAAGUUCUGGUGUGUCCGCAGGAAGUAGUCCGUUCUGUGUGUGUGUGUGUGUGUGUGUGUGUGUGUGUGUGUGAGAGAGAGAGAGAAAGAUGUUUGAUCUCAGCCUUCAUGGCCCCGCUGUGUCCUAGGAGAGCGAUACCCGAAAAUCUAAAUCCACAUGUUACAUCCUGCUGCCUCCUGAACAUAUUCUGUACAGUUUCAGCAAUUACACAGAUUUACUCCUUAAAUAUUCACAACGAUUCUAUAAUGCUGCGUCACACACAAUGCCGUGAAGUGCAUUUCUUUUCUGCUGUUGAUUAAGCUUGAUUGUUGAUUAUUUUUGUAUUAUCUGUAAACAAUGUGUGGUUUCAUCAGUUACAAAUAUUUGACAUCUUAAAAAUGUUUUGCUUAAAGCUUUGUUGGCAUGCUAGCAAAAUUGCCCUACUAUCUACAUAGCAGCUGGACCAGGAGGGGAUGAGGACAAUAUCUGUUCCUGGAUCAGUGGUUAGCUGGAUGCAAUUUAACUAUGUGCCACUGAGGAAAAGGAAAAUCCCUCUCUGAGUCUGUGUCUUCCCCCUCCCCCACAGUCGGGUUAGAGAACUGGUGGUUUGCGCAAUAUGAAAGUUUCGUGCCUAACGCAAUAGCUUUGAAAAGAACCGGUGUGUCAAAUCAAGUGUGUGAUGGGGAUGGGGUCACGCUGUCCCAGGCACAAGGUAAACCGGGUUGUGGGGAUGUUCCUGACACAGUAGAGGACUGCAUGGAGGUCUGUCGUCCUUGGGGCAGAUUUGACAGCCCCUGUCUGCUUGUUUUCUGUGAUGGAGUUGCUGAGUAAGUUGCAGGAAUGCAUUAUGACAGCUGGUGCACUCCACUCUGUAAUGAUUGCUCAGACUGUUUCAUGUGGAUAUGUUUUGAUGCUCCAAUAAUCAACUUUAAUUCCUCCCGUAAGGGAAUUAGUCAGAAUACUGUGGUUACUAACCGUCGUCAAAUGUUUUAUUUUUAAUCUGUUUGUUUUUACCUUUAGUUUGCUGUGUGCUCCAUGACCAUACUUUCAAACCUAACAUAAUGAUGAUAAUUGUAAAAAGUGUGCAGACAUUUACGAUUGACUGUAUUACAGUUGUUUUGUAUAUAAGAAUUGUAUAAAAAAGCAAUAAACGUCUUUUAUGUUA